UUGAUGAUUUACACAACUCUCCAUUGCUAAAAGAUUGAAUCUUUGAAGAGCUUCAUGCUUAGGCCUACGGGUUUCAUUUAAGCUUUGUUUAUUGUAUUGUUGUGGAGUCUGUAGGCUCUAGUUAUGAAACCACUUGUGUAGUUGAACUUUGUCUUCAUGUCUUGAAUUGGAAGAGUUUCAGUCACAAAGGCUUCUUGUAAGAGGAUAAAGACUUGUUCUUGUUCUUUGCUAGAUAUCUGCUGUGUGUUUUGCUCACCUUAUGAUUGCUACUUGCAAUGGUGUUCAUCUUCUUGAACUCCUUUUGCUUGCAGUGGAUUUCAGAAUUGAUAAUGGUGAUGCUGCUGCUGGGAUGAUGAUGGGACAUAAUGAAAUGGGUGAAAGCUCCGGUCAAGCAAUGAUUGAGCAAGAUGAAGAAAACCAUAACGAGAUUGGUGAACACUCUGGUGAAGAAAUGACUCUCGAGCAAGAUGAGAAAGUAGAUCCGGACUCUAUCCCUCUGGAAGUUGCAGAUAUGGCGGAUGAGCCUUUUGUUGGUCAGGAGUUUGAAUCUGAAGCAGCCGCACACGGGUUUUACAAUGCUUACGCUACAAAAGUAGGGUUCGUCAUCCGUGUUAGUAAACUGUCACGGUCAAGGCAUGAUGGGUCUCCCAUAGGAAGGCAGCUUGUUUGUAACAAGGAAGGGUACAGGUUGCCUAACAAGCGGGACAAGGUUAUUAGACAAAGAGCUGAAACAAGGGUUGGAUGUAGAGCAAUGAUCUUGAUUAGAAAAGAAAGUUCAGGUAAAUGGGUGAUCACAAAGUUUGUCAAGGAGCAUAAUCAUCCUUUGAUGCCUGGAAGGGUUCGAAGAGGUUGCAUCUAUGAUCAAUAUCCGAAUGAGCAUGACAAAAUCCAGGAGCUGAUGCAGCAGCUAGCUGCAGAGAAAAAGAGAGCCGCUACUUACAAAAGGCAUCUGGAGAUGCUCUUUGACCAUAUCGAACAGCACAAUGAAGGCCUUACUAAAAGAAUCCAACACAUAGUAGACAAUGUGAGGGAUCUGGAACAGAGAGAUCGUCAACAGAACCAAGUAUAGUCUAUUUUUGGUCUCAGGUUCUUCCUUGUUCAUUUUUUACCAGUUUGAUUUAGGAGAUAGAUCUUCUCUUCUGUGUUCCCUAUAUCCUCUCUUUUAAUAAAUAUUUUUCUUGUCAAAAUACAAAAGAGCUUGCAAUCGCCUUCAACAAAGUUUUG